AUGCUUUCGUCUGCUAGCACCUCGUGUCAAUCGCGGUUCGCAUUGUGAAGAGUGGAUAUGUUCACGUGGUUCAUAAGAAGCCUUGCAAUUUAAUGAACGAAUGUCAUAAAUGCUUUAAACUUAUUGUCAACUAAUAGCCAUCCAUCAUGGUGAAAACUAAGCCAACUAAACACAAGGACGAAAAUACUUUCAAGUUCAAAACCUUUGCUGAGCGGCUCUCUUCUGUGAACGUUGAUGUCAUUCACCGAAUUAACCUCAAAAGGAAUGCUAUUCCAGAUGAGACAGAGACCUUCUUUUACGAGGCAUUGGAGAAAUGGGCAGACCUUAACUGCACAGAAGGCUUUACCAUCUUUUGUAGGAGGCUUGGGAGAGACAUUCAAAGCUUGGGUCAACUGCUUCUACAUGAAGAAAAAGUUAUAAACUUGCUUUUGGAGCACAUUGACAAAGAAAAUCAGCUAUUUUUGGAGCCCAUACUAGAAUUGGUGGUUGCUGUUGCAAAGGAUCUGCAGUCAGAUUUUUACCCAAAGUUCCCAGAGUUUUUCCUUAAGUUAGUUGGCCUUCUUCAAACAAGAGACCCUGAUAUAACUGAAUGGACUUUUACUACCUUAGCUUAUUUAUACAAAAACUUGUGGCGGUUGUUAGUUAAAGACAUUGACAAUGUGUAUGGACUUCUUCUUCCCCUCCUGGCAUCCACACAACCAGAUCAUGUUCAACAGUUUGCCACAGAAAGCUUUGCAUUUAUUGGACGGAAAGUUGGAGACCACACUGGUUUUGUGGAAUUGAUUUUCAGAAAGCUAAGGGAAAAUGCAGGAGACAGUCAGGGAGUGGGCCAGCUUUUGUUCCAAAUUGUCAAGGGCGUCAAGAAUCAGUUCCACACUUCACUGGAAAUUUUUCUGCCCAUUUACUUGAAAUCUAUCAGCUGCAUUAAAGAAAAUGUUUCUGAUGAUCCAGUCUUCAAUGCUGUAAAUCUUUGCUUUAUCCUGAUGGCAAGGCACACCUCCCAGUUGCAUUGUGCUAGAGUCUGGAACAUUCUGCUGGAAGCCAUCAAGUCAUCAAACAGACCAGGAAUUUUAGGAUUACUACUUCUGUUUCAACAGUGGGUGGAAUUCAAGGAGGGUGAACUUGUCACGGACUCGCUUACGCUAUCAAAAACACUCGCCUCUCUUUUAAGUGAAGAAGGCUUGGAAGGAGAUGAGCAAAAAAGCGUGUCGGCGACGGUUGCCGCACUCAUGCAAUCGGCCAAAGUCAGAUUGCCGAUUGAACAAACAUCGAAACUUGGUCAAUUGGCCUACACUUACCACUGGAAACCUGAUACUGUCCUGGAUUUUACUCUACAAGUGUCUUCUCACGGAUUUUUUGAAUCCCAUGUGCUCCCACAUUACAUCUCGUAUUGCCAUGCCCUUUGCAAGAAAGAUCAGGGCACACGUUCGCUCAUGUUGAAAAAUCUGGCAAGUCUCGUCUCCAUUAAAGGCUCACUUCCUAAAAGCGGAUAUGAUAUGAGCAACUUCAAAAUCUAUCCCCUCGAAUUCACCUUCGCAAUGAGAAAAGCAUCGGACGCCAAAAGUGUUCCUGAUCUCGUCCAGUCAAUUCUAGAGAGUAAAGUGGAAAAAAUGGUGAACGAAGAUUUUCAAACGUACAUAAAUGCGCUUGUUUGUCUGCCUAAUCUCCGACCCAUGGAUUCCGCGAAAGCUACAAGAAUCCUAACGAAAAUAAUCAAAGAGGUUGCGAAUAUAGUGGAAGCAAAUCCUGAAGAACCACAAACGAAACGUGCCAAAGUUACCUGCCUAGUGGAUUAUUCCGAAAGACUGGGACUGGUAUUGAGUCUUGCCAUCUUAGGUGUUCGACAUUUUUCGUCGGACCUAGAAAAAGAUGUCCCCUGGACGAUGAUCCGAUCGGCAUUCCUCAAUGAUACCAUGUCCACUAGCAUAUUUUAUCUACGUGCAGCAGAUUUUUAUCUGACAAGUCUUCACGAAAUAGAUAAUCAAAACACGUUCUCAUUGGAAGUCCUCUGUGAGAUCUAUGAUGUAAUUGGACAAAAUCUUGGAUCUCCCUAUCACGAGGUUAGAUUGCUGACUCUUCACAUAUUGUCGCUUUUUUCGCCGCCAAUGCCGGCCCCACCAGAAAAUGUGAAUCCAACACCGAUUUUCCAAAUUUGUCUGAAUGCGGAGCUGAUUCCUGCGGGUGUCCGUGAGCAAAGAGAGAAAUUAGUACAUCUGCAAAAUCUAGAAGCUGAACGUGUAAUUCACAGUCUUCCCGUUGGUGGGCACUUUGCAAAAGCUCCCUUGCAAUAUUUGCUAAGUCAACUUUACAUCAACUUCCGACCAUUGUGGGAACCGGUCCUCAAGCUCAUCGAGUCACAUGCUUUCAGCAUGGAAUCGUCCAAGUUUUGGUCAGUAUACCUGCCUUUCUUGGAAAACGUUCGCCUAUGCGAAGCAGAAGAAAUUCGUGAUCCGUCGGCAGAAAUGGAAUACUUGAAACUAACAGUCGAUGUCGAGCGGAUUGAUUUUACCAACACCCGUUCUUUAGCGUGGUCUGGACUCUCGCGAAUCGGAAGCGUAACUGAAAAAGAGCACAACGUCAUCGUCCCUUUGUUUCUAAAUUUUUGGAACACUGAAUAUUGUGUCAAUGACGGAAACAUCGCACAGACGCAAAACCUUACCACUGAUGUCAAGGUGGAAUCAACAAAGGGAGAAAAAGGAAACAUAAUGAAACUGUUGUCUUCCUAUCUCUCGGUUUUGGCGUCUUUUCAGCAACCUCAAAAAAUGACACGUGAGCCCGAAGUGACGAAAAUUUUGCUCCGUCUCCUUUCCCAUCGUUUCGGUGACAUCCAAAAACAAGCUCUCGAUUGCCUGAUGGCAUAUGGAUACCCGUACUUAACGCCCUACAAGGAAAAUUUAUAUCGCCUGCUUGAUGACAAGUCAUUUCGUACUGAAAUCACAGCUUUUUCGAUCGAUACUCUCAGUUCAUCCAUCAAGCUGGAACAUCGAGCGGGUUUGACAUCGAUUCUUAUCAGAAUACUGUAUGGAAAAAUGAUGUUCAAGGCGGGGUCUGGAUCGUCUGGUAAAGAUAAUAUCCAGUUUCGACAAGCUGUCAUUCUUCGCUACAUUGCUGGUCUUGCCGAUUCGGAAAUCGAUGUCUUUCUUGACUUGGCGUUUCAACUAUUCAGCGACUUUACAAAAACCGAAGGUAUCGAUCAGCAUGUAGUGCGAAUGAUGCGGGAAGCUGACCCAAAACUUGCGCUACCUCUCAAGAGAAUCCAAGGAGCGUUGGUCCUUAUGGGUACCAUUUUCUCCAAACUUGGAAAUAUUAUGAAAUCUACAUUGCCAAAACUUCUACACAUGCUCUUGAAUAUCAGUGCCCAUGUUAUGGGUUUGCUUGCUAAACGAAACGAAGUAGAACCGAAGCACAUUGGCCAGUUAAAGAACUUGCGAACAAUUGGCUGGCAACGAAUCACACAGUUCUUCAAAAAGUUCGAGCGUUAUCCUUGGACACCAGAAGAAAUUGAAGCAGUCUUUCACGUCUAUAUUUGGCCUCAACUUGAAAUGUUAUCCGAUCAAGCUUAUUCCGGUACUACUCCGAUGCUUCGUUUAUUUCAAGUUUGGUCUGAAAAUUCGAGGUUCUUUGUCCUGUUUGGCAAAGCUCACCCGGAUCGCCCAGAGCUUUCCGUGUUGCAACCGUUGCUGGCUUUACUUGCCAGUGGAAAGGCAGUGACUUCCGUUUGCUCGUUUGUUAUGGACAUUGUCGACAAAUUGGUCACAACAGCAGAUUAUGGCACGGUUGGUGAAGAAGACGACGAAGAAAAAGAAGAGCCUAUCUAUAUAAAGCCAAACUUUUCGGUCGAGUGGGAUUGGUCGAAGGAUGCGAUGCUGGUAGAUGAUGUUGGAAGUGAAAGCAGAGUCAAUUAUGGGUCGACACUUCUUAUCCCGCACUUGUCAUCUGUUCUCACAUAUUUACGCAAGUUUAUCACGCAAGGAUUGAAUGGAAGAGACUUGAAUGUCCUGAUGCGUGUAUCCGAAUACGUCAAAGAAGCUCAGUUGAGCACUGAACUGGCUCGCAUGAUUAUUCCAGCGAUCAAAGUGGCCGUGUUUCGCAACCGCAAAAGUGCAAACCUCGAAGAAAAACUUAUACAUUACCUCAGCACUUUGGCUAAUUUAGUACAAAAUGCCGUCAACCCACAUGAAUUCAUUAGCCCAUUAGCUACGCUUUUUGGUACCAUCGAAGGAAGAAAUGUUCGGCAGGGUUUGUGUAGAGUUUUGGAAGUGAUUUGUGAACGAGAUCCUUCUCAAGGGCCUCUCGGCCAACUGGUGUCCUCGAUGAACAAGUGGGACCCUCAACGUCUCGAAGAACCCGACUACACCCAUCGUCUGCACACUCAUAAAGAAAUCAACAUUACGCUAGAGUCUGGUACUCCCUCUUUCGAGUGGACCGCCCUGGCAUUGUAUAAUUCGUUCAACUUCGUGAGAACGGAAAAUGAUUCUUCUUUAAGAGACAAUGCUUCAUUGACUCUCCAAAUUAUGACAGCUACCUUCAGCCGUUUGAAGUAUGGAAAAAUUAUGCUGAAUGAACAUUUUAUCCCGCAAUUACGAUUACUGGUCCGCUCUUCCAUUGAAACUGUGAGGCACGAGGGAAUCUCAAUCCUUAGUAAGGCCGUGUCCAAUUGCAGCGCAAUGAAUGCGUCCCUCAAUAGCCUACGGAAACUUAGAAAAGAGGGAGAUGUUGAAGUAGAUUUCUUCGAAAACUGUCGGCACUUACAAACGCAUCGACGCUCACGUGCUUUACUCAGGUUAACCGGUGUUCUAAAAGCAGAUAAGACUUCCAUCAAUGGCGAAACAAUCACUCAAUAUCUUUUACCGUUGGCAACUUGUUAUCUGUUUAACGAAGAAUAUGCCAAACAUAACCACUUGAUAGAUGCUGCACUUGAAAGUCUACAGGCCAUUGCUCGUUGCCUUUCUUGGCACAAUUACGAGAAACUUCUUCGCUUCUAUUUGUCCAACAUGACGCGCCAAAUUGAAUACCAGAAACAGGCUGUCAAAGCCGUAGUUGCUAUUUUGAACGCAUUUCACUUUGAUUUGAAACAUUCGAAGUUUAAAUCCUACUAUGCUGCAAAAGCAAUAGCUGCUAAAACAGCUGAAACGAAAGCAGAUGUGCCUAUUGUCGCAGACACAGAAGAAACCUUGGAAGAGUCAUCCGUUGCCGCUCCUGUUGAAGAUGGCACGCCUACCAUUGAUGCUGAAGUCAUUGAUCAACAAGAACCUAGCUCUGAACUUCCGGAAAUGGCACCUGAAGAAGAGGAAAUACCUUUACUUGAUGGCACUAUGGCAACCAAAAUUCAUUCGGUGAUUGCACAGCAACUGCUUCCUGAACUUAAUGCCAUUCUCACGGCACGCACCAAUCGAGACAAGCAGCACAAAGCAGUAAAGGAUCAUUACCCGGAAGAUGACGAAAUCUUGCGUGUUCCCAUUGCAUUGGCCCUCGUUAAUCUUCUGAAGAAUCUUCCACCAGGAACCUUGGAGCGUAGUUUACCAGGAAUGUUUUCGAAAGUUUGCACUUUCUUGAAGUCGCGCUGUAACAGCGUACGUGAAACUGCUCGUAAUACGUUGAUUGAGAUGGUAAUUUCUCUUGGUCCCGAACACCUGGGUGCGCUUAUGGAAGCCGCGAAUCCUCUUCUUCAACGGGGUUAUCAAGUCCAUGUUUACAUCUUCACUAUGCAUGCGCUAUUGGCCAAGUUGGGCGAAAUAGGUCAAUUGAAACAUGGGUCACUUGAUGGCGUUGUUUAUCCGCUUGUUGAGCUCUGUAAAAAAGAACUCUACGGGGACACUGCAGAUGAAAAAGAAGUUGAAAAGAUCGUUAACAAAUUGAAAGAAGCCAAAGGAAUAAAAGCUUUCAAUACGCUGCAGAUCAUUGCAAAACAUGUUUCUCAGUCGUAUCUUCUCCGACUGGUAGUGCCUUUCAAAGAGAUCUUAGCUUCGACAAAAUCCUUCAAAAUGACUCGAAAAGUUGAGGAAUGUCUGCACAAUGUCGCAUUAGGACUCGCUGCUAAUUCUGGCCUGUCAAUCGCGCCGUUGUUAAUUUUCGUUCACGGUGUGAUAUCUUUAUCUAUACCCGAAUUGCGAUUACCGGCACCCCGUGUCCAAGAGGAUCCAAAUGUGACUGCUUCUGGCCGGCCCAUGAGAACGGACUCUUUAAUACUGGCACCUGCUCCUAAGAGAAAGGUGGCUGCCGCGGCUUUACCAUCCGUUACUGGAGCUUCCAAAUCGGCCUAUAUCAUCAAUAGCCACAUAGUGGUAGAAUUCGGUCUGCUCAUCUUCAGCCUUAUUUUAAAACGUGAAAAAUGCCACGAAAAUGCAAGCACGAGUGUGAUUCCGAUGCUAGAUCCUAUUUUGCCAAUAAUUUAUAACAACUUAACCGAUCCUCAUUCCAAGUUGGUAGCGUUGUCGUUGAGAUGUAUUUGCACGUUACUUCGGGUCCCGCUCCCCAGCAUAACGGAGUACGCAUCCAAGAUAUCUACAGCAGUUUUCGCCCUUCUACACAAGUACUCUGGUAGUACUGCCGGAGAAAAUUUGGAAAUGGUGCAAACUGCUUUCAAGGCCAUCUCCAUAUUGGUCCGCCAUGUGACAAACCACGCUAUAGAUACAGAGCAGCUGCGGGUCUUGCUAGUGUAUUCCGAACAGGCGUUGUUCGAUCCAAAACAACAGUCAAUUGCGUUCGGUGUUUUGAAGGCUAUAGUGAAGAGAAAACUAACGCUAGACGAACUGCCCGAUGUGAUGAUGCGAGUUGCCGAGCUCAGCAUUAAAGCAGAAGCCGUUCCUGUUCGUGUACAAAGUCGUAAAGUUGUUUUGCAGUACAUGGUGGACUAUCCUUUGGGCAAAAAAUUGUUACGCUAUGUGCAGUUUUUCCUGAAGCAACUGGACUACGAGAAAGAAUCCGGGAGACUGUCUGCCAUCGAGUUUCUUGUCUCCCUUUUCAAUACCUUUCCGAAAAAUUUCCUCAGCCAGCAGAGUACCUUAUUUUUGGUGACAAUGAGCCCAUACUUGAUCAAUGAAACAUCAACUAGUUGUGUGAAAGCUAUGGCUGCUGCGAUUCGAAUUCUGAUUGAGAGGCUCAACACACCAACAGCCACGACACUUUUUGAAAUGUGCCUUACUUGGCUAAGGGGAAACAAUGCCUCGCACAAACGCUUGGCUGUUCAGCUUUGCGGAAUUUUCGUAGCAGCUGAAAAAUCUACUUUUGAAUUCCGAUUGAAGGAAGUCCUGCCGGAUAUAGUUAAGUUAUUGGACCAAACACACAGCGAUUCGGACGGUAGAGAGGACCGUGAGGCGGAUUUAUUGCUUAUACAGACAUUUUAUACCAUAAUCAAAAUGACGCAACACUGCGCUACUGGCUUGCAAAGUGAAGAAAACAUUGACGUAGCCGAGCAAAUGUGGGGAAAGAUUAUCCAUCACCUGGUACACCCACAUCUUUGGAUUCGCACUCUAAGCUCGCGACUUGUAGGAACUUUAUUGGGAUGGCACAAGCCUGAUGAGCUAGCGACCUACAUUACGACCUACAUUACAUCAUCCACGGAAAAAGUGACUCGUAGUUAUUUGUUAUGUGGCGAAAUAUCCAAACGACUUCGUUCGCUUGCGAGGGAUUUGGUAACCCAACUUCAAUCCGAUUUGUUGGACAAUCAGUUGGCUGAUCAAGUCAUCAAGAACUUGGUUUUUAUUGGCAAAGUCGCAAAUCGGAUUCCAGCUGAUGAUGCUGAAGAGGACACAAAAAUCAAGGCACCUUCGCUUCCAUGGUUGACGGGCAAAUUGAGAAGAGAAAUCAAUGCCGAAGUAGUACUUCAUCCCACAACUCCCACAAAGCGUCUUGCUGUAUUCAAGUGGAUGGCAGCUGUUGCUGUCGACUUGAAUCAAGUUGCUGGAAAAGAAGGUCUUGCAAAUGUCCUGAAAUUUUUUGUUUCGCCUUUAACGCGUGAUAUUAACGAUGACGGGUCUCCGAAAGAGGUUAAGGAUCUAGCUCAAGAAGUUUCAGAACUUAUCAAAGGGUUGGUUGGUACCGAAGUCUACAGUGAAGCCGUGGUGGCCGCUAACAGAAUUUUGGCUGUACGUCGACGUGACAGACAGGCUAUACGCAAAGCGGAUAGCGUCACGCGUCCGGAGAAGGCGGCCCAAUUACGCAUUAAAAAGCAUUUCGCUAAGAGGGUAGCCAAAAAAGUCAAAAUUGCUCGUCUAAAGGGAGUCAAACCCAAGCUUAAAAACUUGGCCAUGAAAAAAAUGGCCAUGAAAUAAAGCCCGUCUUCUGACCGAAUAUCUUGAUUGGGGAAGUUGUUGGCAAAUCGUAUUAAGGAAAUGCUUCUCGACCUUCCGCCCCGCGUGUACAAAUAUUGACAUAAUAAAAUAACCUUGUAAGCUU